AUGAUUCUUGCUCACAACUUCUCCUGUGAAACAUUGAGGAAAGGCGUUUUUUUAUGCGGGAGCAGUAUUUGUGGUUGCAACAAUGAUUCUGAACGUUUACUUCUACAUGUAUUCACCAAGGCCACCGCUGCUCAGGCUGCCCCAAAGAAAUCGUGCAAGUUCGACAGUUGGGAUGACCGGCCGCUGUUCAGUUGUAAGUUCCCACUCAGCUUCACGCUUGGGCUUCUCAUUACUCAAAAUCCAAACAUGGGAGUGUUGGGAGAAGGGAAGGGCUCCACCCUCGUCCACCUGCUCGUCGUCGUUCUCAGUUUGGUGGCUUUUGGUUUCGCCAUUGCUGCUGAAAGAAGGAGAAGUGUUGGCCAUAUGAUGACAGAUCAAAAUAAUGCUACAUACUGCGUCUACAGCUCAGAUGUUGCUACUGGUUAUGGAGUGGGUGCUUUUCUGUUUCUUCUUUCUGGUGAAUCCCUACUGAUGGGUGUAACAAAGUGCAUGUGUUUCGGGAGACCUUUAGCUCCGGGUGGGAAUCGAGCUUGGACCAUCAUCUACUUUAUCUCAUCAUGGGCAACGUUUCUGGUAGCCGAAGCGUGUUUAAUAGCAGGAGCUACAAAAAAUGCAUACCACACCAAAUAUCGGGGAAUGAUUCUUGCUCACAACUUCUCCUGUGAAACAUUGCGGAAAGGCGUUUUUAUUGCAGGAGCAGUAUUUGUGGUUGCAACAAUGAUUCUGAACGUUUACUUCUACAUGUAUUUCACCAAGGCCACUGCUGCUCAGGCUGCCCGCAAAGAAAAUCGUGCAAGUUCGACAGUUGGGAUGACCGGCGCAGGGUAUGCAUAGAGCCAACCAAUGAGACUAGAUAGCCAAGUUUUGUUUCUUAAUGUCAUAUGAGUUUGUGAUGACGAUUGUAUUAUGCAAGUGUACUGAUAUUUAGUGUGCUUGUUCAAAGAUAAUAUAGUGCUGUCAUGAUUUCUCAUAUUUUUCUCCUAGACUUGUUAAUAUAUAAAGUGAA